CUCUCUCUCUCUCUCUCUCUCUCUAAGCUUCUCUUCUGUUCUCACGCUAGGGUUUUACGAUCUCUUACUAGGGCUUUUGCUUCUUUCACACGGUGGGCUCUAUACUCUCUUUCCUUCAAUCGUAUUCAAAACCCUAGAGACAGACGGAAUGAAGGUCAAAGUCAUAUCACGUUCAACAGAUGAAUUUACUCGUGAACGAAGUCAGGAUCUUCAGAGGGUCUUUCGUAAUUUUGAUCCCAAGCUUCGAACUCAAGAGAAGGCGAUUGAAUACGUUCGGGCUGUUAGUGCUGCUAAAUUAGAGAAGAUAUUUGCAAGACCUUUUAUUGGAGCAAUGGACGGUCAUAUAGAUGCAGUAUCAUGUAUGGCAAAGAACCCGAAUCACUUGAAAGGAAUAUUUUCUGGUUCUAUGGAUGGAGAUAUUCGCCUUUGGGAUAUGGCAUCCAGGCGGACAGUUUGUCAGUUUCCUGGUCACCAAGGUGCUGUACGUGGUUUGACAGCAUCUACUGAUGGGCGCAUUCUUGUAUCAUGUGGGACUGAUUGCAGUGUCAGACUCUGGAAUGUUCCUUCUGCUACUAUGUCAGUUGACUCAUAUGAUAAUUCUGCCAAGCCAUUGGCAGUUUAUGUUUGGAAGAAUGCGUUUUGGGCCGUUGAUCACCAAUGGAAUGGCGAGCUGUUUGCCACAGCUGGUGCCCAAGUAGAUAUAUGGGAUCACAAUAGGUCCCAGCCGGUGAACAGUUUUGAAUGGGGAAAGGAUACAGUUUUAUCUGUUCGAUUUAAUCCUGGAGAACCAAACAUCUUGGCAACAUCAGCUAGUGACCGUAGCAUAACAAUAUAUGAUCUGCGAAUGUCUUCACCGGGAAGGAAGAUUAUCAUGAGGACAAAAACUAAUUCUAUAUCUUGGAAUCCGAUGGAGCCAAUGAAUUUCACAUCUGCAAACGAAGACUGCAAUUGCUACAGCUAUGAUGCUAGAAAAUUGGAUGAAGCCAAAUGUGUACAUAAAGAUCAUGUUUCUGCAGUGAUGGAUAUUGAUUACUCACCAACUGGUCGCGAAUUUGUGACUGGAUCUUAUGACAGAACAGUGAGAAUAUUCCAGUAUAAUGGUGGUCACAGCAGGGAAAUUUAUCACACAAAGAGAAUGCAAAGGGUAUUUUGCGUCAAAUAUAGCUGUGAUGCAAGUUAUGUUAUCUCGGGGAGUGAUGACACCAACCUUCGUCUUUGGAAAGCUAAAGCAUCUGAACAGAUGGGAGUUAUUUUACCCAGGGAACGUAAGAAGCACGAGUAUAUGGAAAAAGUCAAGGAUCGCUACAAGAACCAGCCUGAGGUCAAGCGCAUUGUGAGGCAUAGACACUUACCGAAACCAAUAUACAAGGCAGCUUCACUCAGACGUAUUAUCGUCGAGGCUGAUAGAAGAAAAGAAGAGAGGAGGAGGGCACACAGUGCCCCAGGAAGCAUGCCAAGGGAGCCAUUACGUAAAAAAAGAAUUAUCGCGGAAGUGGAGUGAUUUCUUUAUUUGGAAUUGCAUUUAGUUUCUGUUUGUGCAUACCUUGAAUUUCUGAAGUCGAGAGUCUUUAGAAGACAAACUUCUCCUUUAUCAACACGGGCUAUAAGAGGUGGGGUUCAUUUGAUUCUUGGUCCUACUCUUGCAGCUACCGAAGAUUGAAAGGUAGACAAUGAGAGAGAAUAUGUAGGAAGGCUUAGUUUAAAAGCAAAGGAGAUUGAGUUCUGAAUCUGCAACAGUUUUGAUAGACCUAGUACUUCUGUCCAACUUUUUGAAACAUUAGGCUCUUUGAUAUUCUAUUACAGUAAUGUUAUAAAUUUGUUGUAAUCUUAAAACUAUAUUAUAGGUAAUCUCAACUGGACCUUUGGAUGUGUAUUAUUUGCCGCUUCCUUAUAUUGGCAUAUUAAUCUUUUUGCU